CCCGGAGAGACAGGUGUCCUCCCUAUAGAGGUGGGACUAAUGGAGUUGGUAUCCAAACCAUUCCGCAGUCCAUAUGUUCUGGAGCUGCUGGAAUGGUUUGAGAUACCCAACUUUAUUGUACUGAUCCUGGAGCGACCCAGCCCCUGCGUGGACCUCCUAGGAUUCUGUGAUUUUUACAAUGGUAAGCUGCCUGAAGCCCUGGCUCGAGACAUCAUGCUACAGUUGGUUCGGGCAGCUUAUCAUUGCUACAACUGUGGAGUGUUUCACAACGACAUCAAGCCUGAGAAUGUUCUUAUAAACACUCUGACCAUGCAAAUUAAAUUAAUCGAUUUUGGCUCUGGAAAACUGCUUAAUGACGAACCCUAUAACUAUUGCACCAGCACUCCAGUCUACAGCCCUCCUGAAUAUUACACACAAAAACAGUACAUGGGCUGCCAUGCUACUAUCUGGUUUUUGGGUGUUGUACUGUUUCAGAUGGUCUGUGGAGACAUACCCUUUAAGUCCUCAACUGAAAUUAUUCAAGGGCACCUGCACUUCCCUCCCGUAAUUUCCAAAGGUAAGAAAAUGCACAAACAUCACAUUUAGACCUGUA